CUAAAAAACAUCUUUGCAUGAUAAGAAAGAAAUACUUGUAAUUGUACCGUUUUUGAAGACAAACUUGUAAAGAAAAAAAAAAGUUUAUAGAUUAUUAAAAUGAAAAAAAUAACCAAUUUCAUACUGUUUUUCAAAGUUCUUGUGCUUAUUUGUGGACCACUGGUAUUAACUGCAGAAUCCCUAAGCUGCACGUUCGGCAACUACGACCACAAUUACAUAAAAAUUCAAGAAUUUGUUAAUGAUGAUGAAAAUAGUACAACUAUUCCUAAAAAAAAUAAAUUGUAUGCUAACAGUGUACAAGGGAUGGAUAUUAUGAAUAAUUCAUACGUUAUAAUUAACAAGAACCAUUAUGAAGGCUCUUUCACAUUUAUCUUCUCUCAAAUUAAUGAAAAAUUUGAACCUAGUCAAAGUAAUUUUUGCUAUAAUUUUACAGUAAGAUUAAAUUGUACGAAUCGUGAUAUUGUUGAUUUGUACGUGAAAGUGCCUCUUAUUGACACAAACAACCACGAGCCGUUUUUUGAAAAACCGAAAUACACCUACAACCUCAUUUCCUCAUACGCUGAAGAUUUCAAACGCCAACAAUUUCUAAACCCUGUUAUUGCAACAGAUUAUGAUGUAACCAACACUGCAGUAAAAUUCAGCAAUGAAGAAAAUGAGUAUUUUAAUAUAAUGUACAACGGGAUUGUUCCUAAUAGCCUCAACAAGAAACAUUACGCUCUUUUAACACCCAAAAUUCCUGGCAAACUUGUUACUAGAAAAAUCGAAGUUAACAUCACCGUUACAGAUGUGGGUUUUCCUCCCCGAAGUAACGUUACAAAACUUGUAAUAAAUCCCCCUUCACCGCCAGGUCCUGUUUUCUCAUCACCUUUCUAUGUAGGCCAUUCUUACAAAAAUCGUACAUUUGUAAUGUUUGAAAACCCGAAAUUAGAAGAAGGUUGUACGUUUUACGAAACCCGAAUUGACGUCUUAACCACUGGUAACAAAAGUAGAGUCUUUUAUGCCGAAAUAAUAAACGAUAAAAUUUUGAUAAAAAAAUUCAAAACCAAUUUGAGCUAUUUUUUCGAAAAAAAUUAUAGCAUUUAUCAGUUAAAAGCAUUCUACAUAGAUCGAGUCACCAAAUUGUACUCUUCCGGAACAGCUACUCUGAUAGUAGAAGACCAUCACGACUUGUAAAACCACAAGGAAAUAAAUUUUCUGCUUAGCAAUGUAUUCAAAUCAUUUAAUAAAGAAAAUUGUUUAUGCGAUUAAAUAAUUGCAACAAC